AUGAACAGGGAGAUCAAAAGAUUCACUGUCGCAUUGUUGCAUGUAGUCCGGUUUUUUCUGGCUUUCUGCGCUUUUGGUGCAGUAAAAGCUAAGCGACAGGCUAUUUCGGAAGAUCCAAAUUCUCGCCUCCAAUGCCAAGGUUCGCUGAGUGAUUAUGCAGCUUGUCAAUGUCGCGAGCAGGAUAGCGAAUUAUCUUGCAUAAAUGCUCAGUUUGUUGAUACAGAUGUUUUCCUCCAUGUAAAUAAUCAUUACAGGCAUCUUCGGAAAGUGACAUUUCAUGGGAAUAACUUUCAAGAUCUACCCGAUAGCCCAUUAUUUGGACAACAUCAACAUGAAAAUCUCGAGGUGCUAAAUAUCUCUGCAAAUUACAUUGUGAAUCUGCAUUCGAAUGCACUACGGGGAUUGCCAAAUUUAUUGGUCCUCGAUUUGAGUAAUAACGAAAUAGUACUGAAAGAAGAGGAUAUCAAUUUUUUGUCACAUACUCCAAAAUUGAAGCAGCUAUAUUUGAGGCGAGCAUUCACGCUUCUUGUCAAUCGUACCGUACAAUUUUCGCUGAUGAUGCGAAUGUUCAGGGAAGCUAAUUUACAGCAGCUAACUUAUAUUGAUCUGAGCUACAACUAUUUAACCAAACUACCCUACAAUUUACCAUGUCCAUUCCCGUCCUUGAGGUACCUCGAUUUGCGCCAGAAUUUUCUUCAAACGAUCAAUCUUAAUACGACUUGUUUAUCCAAAAUUGAGACCAUUGAUCUCAGCAGGAAUCAUAUCCGUCAACUGGAUGAAAUAUUCCGACAAGGAAUCGGUAAACAUGUGCAGCCAAAUUCGCUGUUAUUAAGAAAUUCGUUUCAUUGCAAUUGUGAGAGUAUUACCUACAUCAAAUGGGUCCGAAGUACCGAUAAAAUUCGUGACAAACAACAGCUUUCAUGUCAUCGAGCCAGUCCACCCGACUAUGCUGGAUUUGAGCUUGUCAAUGUACCGUUGGAAAAGCUAGACUGUACCGUAUCUCUUACCGUUACAUCAAAUGCAGGCAGCACAAUAUUCUCAGCAACAUUUCUCAUUUUUACGGUAUUCUUCUGGUGA